UUGAAGGAGUUACAAGAGCAAAUUGGUCUCCUUGGCUUAAAGGAACAUUUUGGUUCGACUAAACAAGAAACUAGAAGACCUUCAACUUCUUUGGUUGAUGAUUCUGAUAUCUUUGGAAGGCAGAAUGAUAUAGAGGAUUUGAUUGACCGUUUAGUGUCUGAAGAUGCAAGUGGAAAAAAGCUGACUCUAGUUCCUAUUGUUGGAAUGGGCGGCCUGGGUAAGACAACACUUGCUAAAGCAGUUUACAAUGAUGAGAGAGUGCAGAAACAUUUUGUUUUGAAAGCUUGGUUUUGUGUUUCUGAGGCAUAUGAUGCUUUCAGAAUAACAAAAGGGUUACUUCAAGAAAUUGGCUCAACUGACUUGAAGGAUGUCCACAACAAUCUUAAUCAGCUACAAGUCAAAUUGAAGGAAAGCUUAAAGGGAAAGAAGUUUCUUAUUGUUCUGGAUGAUGUGUGGAAUGACAACUACAACAAGUGGGAUGACUUGAGAAAUCUUUUUGUACAAGGAGAUGUAGGAAGUAAGAUCAUUGUGACGACACGUAAAGAGAGUGUUGCCUUGAUGAUGGGAAAGGAGGAAAUUAGCAUGGACAAUUUGUCAACUGAAGCCUCUUGGUCUUUAUUUAAAAGACAUGCAUUUGAAAACAUGGAUCUUAUGGGACAUCCGGAACUUGAAGAGGUCGGUAAACAAAUUGCAGAUAAGUGCAAAGGACUGCCCUUAGCUCUGAAGACGCUCGCUGGCAUGUUACGCUCCAAAUCAGAGGUUGAAGAGUGGAAACGUAUUUUGAGAUGUGAAAUAUGGGAGCUGCGAGAUAAUGACAUAUUACCAGCAUUGAUGUUGAGCUACAAUGAUCUUCCCGCACAUUUAAAGCGAUGUUUUUCCUAUUGUGCAAUAUUUCCUAAAGAUUAUCCAUUUAGGAAAGAACAAGUUAUUCAUCUGUGGAAUGCUAACGGUCUCGUACCAAAGGACAAUGAGAUAAUUCAAGAUUCAGGCAACCAAUACUUUCUCGAAUUGAGAUCAAGAUCAUUAUUAGAAAAGGUCCCAAAUCCUUCUAAAAGGAACAUAGAGGAAUUAUUCCUAAUGCAUGACCUUGUCAAUGAUUUAGCCCAAAUUGCAUCUUCAAAACUUUGUAUCAGGUUGGAAGAGAGCCAAGGAUCUCAUAUGUUGGAAAAAAGUCGACACUUAUCAUAUUCUAAGGGAUAUGGUGGUGAGUUUGAGAAAUUGACACCCCUCUACAAAUUGGAGCAGCUGAGGACAUUGAUUCCGAUAUGUAUUGAUCGCGUGAUUCAUUUAGACAGUCUAAGCAAGAGGGUGUUGCAUAACAUAUUGCCAAGACUAACAUCCUUAAGGGCAUUAUCAUUGUCUCAUUACGUGAUUAAGGAGUUGCCAAAUGACUUGUUUAUCAAAUUAAAGCUCCUCAGAUUUUUGGACCUUUCUUGGACAGGGAUUGAAAAGUUGCCUAAUUCCAUUUGUGUAUUGUAUCACUUAGAGACACUUCUCUUGUCAUAUUGCAUUAAUCUUAAGGAGCUACCGCUGCAGAUGGAGAAGCUGAUCAACUUGCGUCAUCUGGACAUAAGCAACACUUGUUGCUUGGAGACGCCCCUACAUCUGAGCAAGUUGAAAAGCCUCCAAGUGCUAAUGGGAACCAAGUUUUUUCUCGGUUGUUUGAGAAUGGAAGAUUUGGGUGAAGCACAGAACUUGUAUGGAUCUUUAUCUGUUUUAGAGUUGCAAAAUGUGGUUGAUAGAAGGGAAGCUGUGAAGGCAAAGAUGAGGGAGAAGAAUCAUGUUGACGAGUUAUCUUUGGAGUGGAGUGAAAGUAGUAGUGCCGACAAUUCAAAAACAGAAAGAGACAUACUUGAUGAGCUAUGCCCACAUAAAAACAUAAAAGAAGUCGAAAUCACUGGAUAUAGAGGGACAACAUUUCCAAAUUGGCUAGCUGAUCCUUUGUUUCUUAAUCUGGUGAAAUUGUCUCUUAGCAACUGCAAGGACUGUUAUUCCUUGCCGGCACUAGGACAGCUUCCUUCUUUGAAAUAUCUUAUCAUUAGAGGGAUGCAUGGAAUAACAGAGGUGACAGAAGAAUUCUAUGGCAAUUUGUCCUCCAAAAAGCCUUUUAACUGUCUUGAGAAGCUUGAAUUUGAAGAUAUGCAGGAGUGGAAGCAAUGGCACGUAUUAGGAAAUGGAGAGUUCCCUACACUUGAGAGCCUUUCAAUUAGAAAGUGCCCUGAACUCAGUUUGGAGACACCCAUCCAACUUUCAAGUUUAAAAAGGUUUGAAGUUUGGGGUUGUCCAAAGGUUGGAGUUGUUUUUGAUGAUGCUGAGCUGCUUAGAUCCCAAAUUGAGGGAAUGAAGCAGAUUGAGGAAUUACAUAUUAGUAAUUGUAACUCUGUUACCUCCUUUCCUUUUAGCAUACUGCCCACUACCUUGAAAACAAUAUCCAUAUCUUAUUGCCGGAAAUUGAAAUUGGAUCCGCCAGUGGGUGAGAUGAGUAUGUUUCUGGAGGAAUUGAGACUGGCGGGAUGUAAUUGUAUAGAUGAUAUAUCACACUUAAGAGCACGCUCUUUGUGGGUAGAGGAUUGCCACAACCUUACUAGGAUUUUGAUUCCUACUGUGACUGAAAGACUCCAUAUUCAGAAUUGUGAGAAUGUUGAAAAACUAUCGGUGGCAUGUGGGGGGACCCAGAUGACGUCACUGAUUAUUGUUGGCUGUAAGAAGCUGAAGUGUCUGCCAGAACAUAUGCAGGAACUCCUUCCAUCUCUUAAGAAACUGAAUCUGGAUAAUUGUCCAGAAAUAGAGUCCUUUCCUGAAGGAGGAUUGCCCUUCAAUUUACAACAACUUCAUAUCGGCAAGUGCAAGAAACUGGUGAACGGCCGAAAGGAGUGGCGUUUACAGAGACUUCCCUAUCUCAGAGAGUUAGAGAUCUCUCAUGAUGGCAGUGAUGAAGAGAUUCUUGGUGCUGAGAACUGGGAGUUGCCUUCCUCUAUUCAAACACUUAGAAUAUGGAAUCUGAAAACAUUAAGCAGCCAACAUCUCAAAAGCCUCACCUCUCUUCAACUUCUACAUAUUGAGGGUAAUUUACAUCAAAUUCAGUCAAUCCAGUUUUUGCACCUCACUUCGCUUCAAAGUCUACAAAUCUGGAAUUUACCUAAUCUCCAAUCACUUCCUGAAUCAGCACUGCCCUCCUCCCUCUCUCAGCUGACCAUCUAUAAUUGCCCUAAGCUCCAAUCACUUCCUGAAUCAGCACUGCCCUCCUCCCUCUCUCAGCUGUACAUCAGUAAUUGCCCUAAUCUCCAAUCACUUCCUGAAUCAGCACUGCCCUCCUCCCUCUCUCAGCUGUCCAUCUGUAAUUGCCCUAAUCUCCAAUCACUUCCUGAAUCAGCACUUGCCUCCUCCCUCUCUGAGCUGGACAUCUCCCAUUGCCCUAAUCUCCAUUCUCUUCCAUUAAAAGGGAUGCCAUCUUCCCUCUCUAAACUAUAUAUUUCAGAAUGUCCAUUGCUACUAGAAUUUGACAAGGGGGAAUACUGGCCAAAUAUUGCUCAAAUUCCCACCAUAAAGAUCGAUGGUGAAUCCCAGUAA